AUGAACCAUUUGCUUAAGGCACCCUUCUGUGUCCAUCCAAACACAGGUCGUGUCUGUGUUCCUAUUGAUCCGAAUAACUGCGAUGAGUUUGAUCCAUUAUUGGAAGUUCCAACACUUUCACAGAUCAUAGAAGAAAUCAACUCAGCAGGCCUCAAUAUGGAUGUGGAUGAUGAUAAUUCAGAUAGUAGUUUACUUGGGAAAUCAAUCAACUUCUCCAGAUCCUCUUUCCUAAAACGGUUACUAAAAUCCUGCAAGUUGUUGGAAGAGUGAUAAUAUGUUAAUGCAAUAGUCUACAUGAAGAAAUUGAGAGUUCAUACAAAAACAAAAUUGCUAAGACUAAGGAUUCAUUCAGCUGGUGACUAAGGUAACCGCUCAUGGGAGUUUCUAUCAAGAGAUUGAAUGAACGAGUUGAUGAAGACAUGCCUCUUCAUUAAAUUCAUUAACAAACUUUUUACAUCAAUCGUGAGUCCUCUUUAAUUUUAGUUAGCGCUUCUCUUAUGUCUCUUUGUAAAUUACUUACAAUUUUAUAAUUUGUGUUGGUUUAAUUAUUGAUAGUUGUCUCUCA